AUGAAGAAAGGAUGUUUAGAUCCAAAUCUCAAACUCACUGUUCCAGCAUCUAAUCAAGCUUCUUUUGCAAAGUUCUUGACUCAAAGUGGCACUUUUAAAGAAGGAAACUUGCUUGUUAAUAGGGAUGGAGUUAGAAUUGUCUCUCAGAGUGAAGUUGAAACUCAACCACCAAUCAAGCCAAUAGACAAUCAGAUAAGUUUGGCAGAGAUUGAUACAAUCAAAGUGAUUGGAAAGGGAAAUGGAGGGAUAGUUCAAUUGGUUCAACACAAAUGGACUAAUCAGUUUUUUGCAUUAAAGCAAAUUCAAAUGAAUCUUGAGGAUUCUACUUGCAGGCAAAUAGCACAAGAGCUAAAAAUCAAUCAAUCAGCUCAAUGUCCUUAUGUUGUUGUUUGUUACCAAUCAAUCUACGAUAAUGGCACGAUAUCGAUCAUCUUAGAGUACAUGGACGGAGGCUCCUUAGAGGAUCUAUUGAACAAAGUUAUAACGAUUCCAGAACCGUUUCUUGCUGCCAUUUGUAAGCAGGUGCUAAAGGGUUUGAUGUAUCUUCACCAUGAGAAACAUAUUAUUCAUAGGGACUUGAAACCUUCUAAUAUACUUAUAAAUCAUAGAGGGGAGGUAAAGAUUACCGAUUUCGGUGUCAGUAUAAUCUUGGAAACUACUUCUGGUCAAGCAAAUACUUUCAUCGGUACAUACAACUAUAUGUCUCCAGAAAGAAUCGAUGGAAGCCAACAAGGUUACAAUUACAAAAGUGAUAUAUGGAGCUUGGGAUUGAUGUUGCUUAAGUGUGCAACUGGGAGGUUUCCAUAUACACCACCAGAUAAUAGUGAUGGAUGGGAAAAUUUGUUUCAGCUUAUCGAAGCCAUUGUCGAAAACCCUUCACCUAGUGCUCCAUCUGAUGAAUGUUCACCCGAAUUUUGCUCAUUUAUCUCCGCAUGUUUACAGAAAAAUCCAAGGGACAGACCAUCGGCUCGAAACCUAUUGAGGCAUCCUUUUGUGAACAUGUACGAUGACUUAGAUGUGGAUCUUUCCGACUAUUUCUCCAAUGCAGGGUCUACACUUGCAACGAUAUAA